AUGCCUGCAACACCUCCUCCACAACUAAGUCUCAGCAUCACCAAUCCCCUGAUCCUCUAUCGCACACUGGUUGCAACCAAGAAGAUCAAACCAGACCCGGCGCAGCACCGUCUCGCGCUGCAGCUGCAGAAGCUUUAUUUCCGCCUGAAGGACUACGCACCGGAAAUCGAGUACCGGUAUCGGCUGGAGAAGAUUGGGCGAAGUGUUCGGGGAGGUGGUGAGACGAAAAGGGCAGCAUCACUAGCACGAGAUGGCGCCCAGCAGAGGGGAAAGGAUGGCGACCGCGACGAGGACCAGGACGAGGACGGGAAUGGGGUCGGUGGCAAAGGCGAAAGCCAAAGCCAAAGCCAAAGCCGCUGGGCGAAGGGGAAGGGGGGAAGAAUAUUCUCCUCGCUCUUGUCACUCAGAUCAUCCCUCCCUUCCACCACGUUAGCAUUAACCCGGACCACGCCGCUUCACCAUUCCGCACUCUCGAUCGAUUCACCGAUGGGCAUGCUCCUCUACGGCGAGGUCGGGCGUGGCAAAUCCAUGCUUUUGGACCUGUUGUACGAGACGCUUCCGUCGCGGCAGAAACGCCGCUGGCACUUUAACACGUUCAUGCUCGACGUGUUUCGGCGGAUUGAACGCGCGCGGAUCGAGCGGCUUGAGUCCUUCCACUCCACGUCGUCGUCGGCGAGAACCCUCUUCGGAGGACCCGACAUCUCAGAUCACGAACACGUCAUGCUCAGCCUGGCAAAGGACACGGUCAGCGACUCUCCCAUUUUAUUUCUGGACGAGUUCCAAAUGCCCGACCGCGCGGCCUCGAAGCUGAUCAACGGCUUCUUCACCGCGUUUUUCCACCUCGGCGGGGUUUUGGUCGCCAGCUCGAACCGCAUGCCCGAGGAGUUGAGCAAGGCCGCGGGCAUUGAGUUUGGAGAUUUGCGCAGGACCAACGGUGGUAAAGGGGGAUUCUUCGGGCUGGGAUGGGGCAUGAGUCGUGAGAGUGAAGGGGAGAGGGCCGCGAAGACGGAUUUUGGUUUGUUUUUGGAAGUGCUAAGGGCGAGGUGUGAGGUUUGGGAGAUGGAAGGGGAGAGAGAUUAUAGGAGGGAAGGGGAUGAGGAUGAUUUAGCUGUGGAUGUGAAUGCGGAUGUGGACGAGGCGGUUUUGAGCACGGAAGUGCGUGAGGUUGAAGUCGAGGUCGAAAGCCUUGACGACUCUGUCGCUACCAAGAGCACCUCUACCUCUAUCUCAAGCGUAACCGCCCUGACAGAAUCGACAACGACGACCUUAUCAUCCGACACACCAGCACACUACCACAUCAGUCUGUCCUCCUCUCCCUCAUCCCCUUCGCCGUCCGACACAUCCUUCGAAAAAGACCUCCACCUCGUAAACCCUUCAUCAACAUGGACCCCCACCACACUAACAAUCUACGGCCGUCGCCUCUCACUACCCUCCACCCACGGAGGAGUCCUCAAAUCGACCUUCCCGGCCCUCUGCGCCACGUACCUGGGCCCGGCCGACUACGUGUCUCUCUGCUCGACGUUCCACACGAUCAUCCUCACCGACGUGCCUGUUUUGAAAUUGGCGCAGAAGAACGAGGCGCGCAGGUUUAUUACAUUGCUCGACGCGCUAUACGAGGCGAGAUGUCGGCUGUUGAUUCAGGCGGCCGCUCCGCCGGAUAAGUUGUUCUUCCCGGAGACGAGGGUUCGAAGAGCAGGGACGAUGAAGACAACAACGGUUACGGCUCAUGGUGGUGACGACGCAGACAGCACCGAGUCCAUAACCUCCGAGUCCUUCUCCGAAAUGUACCAAGACUCAACGGCCCCAUUCCGUCCCAAUAUCACUUCUUACACCGAGUCCAACACGCACUCGUCCACACCGUCAUUCACGCCGUCUCUGUACAACCCAAACCUCCGAACCGUGCUGGCGGACGAGGACGCCGAUUUCGGUCCCACGUACGGAAACGGGAGGGGUCACGGGGUGUCAGACUCGAAUACUUCGCGCUGGGAGGUUGGACACACAGCUAGUACUGGGCCAGACUUCACCAGCACGUCCGCCCUGACCGGCGAGGACGAACGGUUCGCGUAUAAGCGUGCGAGGAGCAGGUUGUGGGAGAUGUGCGGGCGGAAGUGGUGGGAUGAGAGGCUGCCUGGCCGCGAAGACCGAGAUGCAGAUGCAGAGGCAGUGUCUACGUGGUGGCGCCCCGUUCAUAGGUCCGGCCGUUUCUGGGAACCCUCUACCUCCGCUGGCGCUGGCGUUGUGUCAUCAGACGACAUCGUGGACACUACACAGCCAGCGACGACAGAAACCCCGAAAAGAGACCACUACUCCACGCCGACAUCCGGCCCCGAUCCAGCUUCAACCCCAUCUUCAAAGACGUCCGUGGGUACAGACCCAAAGCACUCCGCCCUAUUCAAACACGAAUCCGCCUCCCCCUACCGAAACCACCCGGACCCGCCGCCAAAAUUCGGCUGGCAGCACGCCUGGGGCAUGAUGACAUGGGGGAAACGGGCGGGGGAAUGGGGGAAAGGCGUCGAGGGGGUCGCCGCAAGGAGAGGGCGGAAGAAGCACGGCGAUGAUGAUGAUGAUAGUGAUGGUGAUGCUGGGUCGUGGGAGAAGUAA